CAGCCGGAUCGCAGCUUGAAUCGUGGGAGUGGAUCCAAGCGAUUUGUUGUUGAGUGUGCAGCACACGGUGAGCCUUAAGAGGCAACUGAUUGACUGUGUGAUGUGAAGCCGGAAUUGGACGGAGUUCUCUUGGACAGCUGCCCAUCCAGCUGUGGAAUGGCAUCUUCGCUGCAGUUUCACGUGUUUACCUCGCCAGCCACAGGAAUGAAUGGAGCACAGCCGCAGCGAUAGGAGCUGGCUAUGGUGCUGAAAACCAGUUCUGUUUUGCAGCAGGCUUGCCUCAGCUGUUGCUGCCGCUCUUCCUGGACAUCGGGCGCCGUUUGGAAGUAUUCUCCCUGCUCUUUCCGAUCGGCUCGCUGGUCGUCAGAUAAAACAGAGGGGAUUACACCGCGGGAGACAACAAAAAAAACCUACAUCGUGCAUUUCUGAAUGAUGAGGGCAAAUGGUAAACUCCAAUUGUCGCCUUCUCAAUGAGAAAUCGAGCCGCAACAGUGAAGGCUCGAUCAUUACGGCUCAUCAAAGAAUGAAGAUUUGAGAAACAGCUGAUUUUAACACUUCUGAUCUUACUGUCUCGAAAGCGAUCUUUACGGGAAAUCAGUCGCUUUCCAGCAAAGGAAGAUCCAGCGCAAGCCGGUUCUAGGAAUCAGAUCUGCACUCAGUGACGAAUGCACAACAUCAUAGAUCACCAACCAGACAUGGCUACUGCGCUGUUAGCUGGAGAAAAGCUCAAGGAGCUGAUCCUUCCGGGCCAACAAGAUGAGAAAGGUUCGCCCUUUGCAGCCUUCAUGGUUCAACUAAAGCUAGAACUCCCCUUCGACAGAGUAGUGUCCAUCGGGACUGUCAUUAUCCCCAUCCUCUUAGUCACAUUGGUAUUUACUAAAAAUUUUGCAGAAGAGUCGAUAUACUGUUAUACGCCCAACAAUUUCACCCGUGACCAGGCGUUAUACGCCAGAGGAUACUGCUGGACCGAGCUGAGAGAUGCUGUGCCGGGUGUGGAGCCGAGUCAGCGGCCAUCCCUGUUUGAGCACAAGUUCCUCCCAUACGCGCUGCUCGCCUUCGCCGGUAUCAUGUAUAUCCCAGCCCUGGGCUGGGAGUUCCUGGCCUCCACCAGACUGACCUCGGAGCUCAACUUCCUGCUUCAGGAGAUAGACAACUGCUACCACCGCGCCGCGGAGGGGAGGGCUCCCAAAAUCGAGAAGCAGAUCCAAUCGAAAGGGGCGGGCAUCACGGAGAAGGAGAAAAGGGAGAUCAUUGAGAACGCGGAGAAGGAGAAAAGCCCGGAGCAGAACCUGUUCGAGAAAUACCUGGAGCGGCGAGGCCAGAGUAACUUCUUGGCCAGGCUCUACCUGUCGCGGCAGCUGUCGGUGGUGUUCCUCAGUAUCAUCCCAAUCAGUUACCUGUGCACGUACUACGCCAACCAGAAACAGAACGAAUUCACUUGCCCUUUGGGAGAGCCCCCUGACCUGUCCAGCAGUGAGGCACUCCAUGUCCAUGUCAAUUGCAAGCUGCCUUCGGUGCAAAUGCAGCGCAUCAUCGCCAUCGUGGACAUUGUGCUGCUGUGCUUCAUCAACCUGAUCAUUCUGAUCAACCUCAUCCACCUUUUCAUCGUCAGGAAGUCCAACUUCAUCUUCGACAAGCUUCACAAGGUCGGCAUCAAGACAAAGAAGCAGUGGCAGAAGUCGCAAUUCUGCGACAUCAACAUCCUCGCCCUGUUCUGCAACGAAAACCGCGACCACAUCAAGUCGCUGAACCGUUUGGACUUCAUCACCAACGAGAGUGACCUGAUGUACGACAACGUGGUGCGCCAGCUGCUGGCCGCUCUGGCCCAAUCCAACCACGAUGUCACUCCCACCAUGCGCGAUGCCGGCAUCCAAACCAUUGACCCCAGUGUGGACCCCGCAGACAUCGACAGCAACGAGCAGCUCAUCAUAAAGAGGCCCCGGAAGAAAAUGAAAUGGAUCCCAACCACCAACCCACUGCACCAGCCUUUCAGAGAGCCCUCCAGUGCCUUCAAGUUGGAAAACAACAAGGGGGAGAAACCCAAACCCGCAAGGCGAAAAACAGCGACGGACGGUCUCGCCGCUCCUCUCCUGGACUCGACUUCGAAAUAUUUUCAAGAUUCAUCUUCCAGUAAAAGCGAAGGGAACACAACUAUUAAUAGUGAGAAAAAGCACAGUCGGCACUUGUCUUUGGAUGUUCAUCCGUGCAUUGUGACCAGCAAAAAGACCAGGCCACAUCAGGAAACUUGCACUUCGAAGAGUCAGGAUGGGAACUUCUUACACUCAGAGGAGAACAUGUUGACACAUGUACCAUCUCCUAUCAAAGGUGAAGUUAAUCUGUCUGAAGGAGGUGCUACAAGCAAUAUUAAAUAUUCAUCAGAGAGCUGCCUAACUCUCCCCAUCAGUAAAGCCUAUACUACCAACUACACAAACAACUUGCCAACUGUAACAGUUCCAUCCAAUCUAGAAAAGGAUGUCUGUGAAACAAAGGCCCAGUUCAACCGCAACCCUACUCACCCCUUAAUCAACAUCCAGAACAUCCCAGCACUUUAUGAAGAUCGCGAGGAUGAAGCAUUUUCCUCCAGCUUUCUAAAUGCAAGAGUCACUUCCUCUGCAGAUGCAACAGAUUUACCUACGCGUUCACCAGAGAAGAUAUUACUCGCUACAUUUGAAGACCCUAUUGUAAUGGUUGGCACGAUAGAAUAUUAA